UGGCCUCUUAGUUCUAUUAUAUUUUCAAGUUCUCUAUCUCUUCUCUCUCUCUCACACACACACACACACAACCAUGGUUGCUCCGGCCAUUGCCGUUGAAAACCUGAUCUCCGGCGUAAGGUUGUCAUCAGUCGGACCAGCACGAGUGACAGGAACCGAUGUAAUACAUGAACCCACUAGCAUGGAUUUGGCCAUGAAGCUUCACUAUAUAAGAGCAGUUUACUACUUUAGAAGUAGCUCAGUUGAAGGGCUUGGCCUUUACACCAUCAAAGAGGCCAUGUUUAGAUGGUUUAAUCUCUAUCCACACACAUGUGGGAGGUUCAGAAGGUCAGACUCGGGUCAUCCUUUCAUCAAGUGUAACGAUUGUGGGGCACGGUUCAUCGAAGCCCAAUGUAGUAAGACCCUUGAUGAAUGGCUGGAAAUGAAGGAGUGCUCUCUUCACAACCUUCUUGUUUCCAAUCAAGUCCUUGGUCCUGAUUUGGGUUUCUCUCCUUCCAUCCUCAUACAGAUGACUACUUUCCAAUGUGGAGGGGUGGCUCUGAGCUUCAGUUGGGCUCAUGUCCUUGGAGAUGCAUUUUCACUCUCUGAAUUCCUUUACCUGUGGAGCCAAAUCAUGGCUGGUCAUCAGCCACCCAACUCACCCCUGCCAAAACCAGAAACCAAAGCUAGCAAAUCCAAGAACUCAUCAGGCUUUGCGGUUGAACCGCUCUCGGUCAAACGGGUUGAACCAGUUGGUGACCACUGGAUAGCUGCCAAUACCGGUAAAAUGGAAAACUACUCUUUCCAGAUCACAGCCCAACAAUUGAAGGUCAUGAUUUCAAAGAUGUUUCAAACUUCCCAAAUCAGACCAUUUGAAUUUCUCUCUGCUGUGUUCUGGAAAUACUUAGCAAGAAUUAGAGAAGGAUCAGAACCAAAGACAGUGACCAUCAGCAGAAAAGAUUCUCAUAACAGAGAGAAAGGGACUCUGUGCAACAACCAGAUAAUAAACACAGUUCAGGCAUAUUUCUCUGUUGCAGAGGCCAACCCGAAGGAUUUGGUAGAAUUGAUCAUGGAACAGAAAAUCGACGAGAAGAGAAAGAUUGAAGAAUUGGUGGAGCAAGAUGGAGGGCUAUCAGAUUUAAUCAUGUAUGGUGCAAACCUCACAUUUUUGGACUUGGAAGAGGCUGAUCUUUAUGGUUUGGAGUUGAAGAAGGAGAAGCCGGUUUUUGUGAAUUAUACAAUCGAUGGGGUUGGAGAUGAAGGGCUCAUUUUAGUGAUGAAGGCUCCGAGUGGUGCAGGAAGCUGGACUGUGACAGUAAUUCUACCGGAAAAUGAGAUAUUGAAGCUUAAUGAUGAGCUCCAAAGAGAGUGGUCUAUUGCUUGAUAAGACUCAUCAAUUGGUUGAAAUAUGUUAAAAUGGUUUUGCUUUCUCUUUGGGGGUAUGUCUACUUUUAUUAGGGGAGUCCAGUGCAUAGUGCAUACAUAGCACACUGGUUGUAGUCUCUGUUUGAAGAACAGGCCCAGGAGUGUGGAUGGUUUAAUGAUCGACUCCUGUCACGUAUUCCCUUCCCCCCUCCCCCGUUUCCUAUCAUUCUCCAGCUCCCCUCUGGUGUGCCUGAGUAAAGCCCCCCUUGGGCAGUUUCUUAGUAUGUAAUAACAAAAAAUAAUGUCUUCUUUUACUAUAGAGAAAAGUCUGGGCAUACUACCUAUUUGUGUCUC